GAUGGCACGCCACAUGCUUCUGCUACCUCAUCUCUCCGGAUCAGCCAGCCAAGCCAACCAGGCGAAGCAGCAGCUAGCAUUCACUCCACCUCUGCAUCGCGGUCGCGUUUCUACAGUGCCACUACUAUCUAGCUCCACCACACUGAUCGGUCGGUCUCGGAUCCACUGAGUCCACUCGCGCCAUCCUCGAUCGAUCGGUGGAUCCCCCGUGCUGUACGACAAGCCAAGCCGGUUCCAGCUAGCUGCGCUCGCUCGUCUUCAAUGCCUCCCCGGCCGUGCAUUCAAUGGCCUUGGCACGGUUAGUUGCGCGACGUCGCGGCAGAUUGGCCAGUGCGAUCGAGCCCGCGGAUCGGAGGCCAGCUGUUGGCGGGUAAGACGCCGCGCGCGGCCCGGCCAGCGAACGUCCCCCGGCGGCAAUUUAUGGGCGACCGCCCGUGCCGUUUCUCGUUCCACCGCCUACUAGCCGCCACCAACCGGCCGCCUCUUCGCCUUCGCCGGUGAAGUGUUUUGCUUUCGUUCAUCAGCUGCUGAUGCUCGAUCACCCGUCCACAGUACAUGUGAUGUACAGUACGCACGCGUACGCUGCUGCCGCAUCAGGAACGGCAGUUUUUUUACACGCUGGUCGUUGCCUUGCCUGUUGCCUGUAGUGUAGGAAAGCUUUGCAGCUUGAGCUAGGGGACUCCGGGAGGGAGUAUAGUAGUGGUAGUAGUGUGUGUACGUACAGUACUGUGCCAGCAAUUAAUCACCAUCCCUCUCAACUGUGCAAGCUCGAUCCGACCAGUUCUAUAAAACCUCGCCUGCAGCAUUCUGCCAUCCGUCACCUCCCAUCGUCAUUGCUUGCUCCAUGUGGAGUCACUUUAUUACUGCAUUACACUAGCUAGCUAGCUAGCCACAGCCAGCUUCAUCUUCACGUCGAUUCGAUCCAUCGGUGCUGUGUGUACCGUACGCCAGCUUGCUGAUCCAUCGCCGGCCGACGAUGGAGGUGAGCACGUGGGUGAUGCUGGUGGCGGCCGCCGCCGCGUACAUGGCGUGGUUCUGGCGGCUGUCGCGGGGGCUCAGCGGGCCGCGGGUGUGGCCGGUGCUCGGCAGCCUGCCGGGGCUGGUGCAGCACGCCGAGGACAUGCACGAGUGGAUCGUGGGCAACCUGCGCCGCACGGGAGGCACCUACCAGACCUGCAUCUUCGCGGUGCCCGGGGUGGCGCGCCGCGGCGGGCUGGUCACGGUCACGUGCGACCCUCGCAACCUGGAGCACGUCCUCAAGGCGCGCUUCGACAACUACCCCAAGGGCCCCUUCUGGCACGCCGUCUUCCGGGACCUGCUCGGCGACGGCAUCUUCAACUCCGACGGCGACACGUGGGUGGCGCAGCGCAAGACGGCCGCGCUCGAGUUCACCACGCGCACGCUCCGCACGGCCAUGUCCCGCUGGGUGUCGCGCUCCAUCCACCUCAGGCUGCUGCCCAUCCUGGACGAGGCGGCCACCGAGAAGACGCACGUCGACCUCCAGGACCUCCUCCUCCGCCUCACCUUCGACAACAUCUGCGGCCUCGCGUUCGGCAAGGACCCCGAGACGCUCGCGCCGGGCCUGCCGGAGAACGCAUUCGCCACGGCGUUCGACCGCGCCACGGAGGCGACGCUCAACCGGUUCAUAUUCCCCGAGUGCCUGUGGCGGUGCAAGAAGUGGCUGGGCCUCGGCAUGGAGAGCACGCUGGCCCGCAGCGUCGCGCACGUGGACCAGUACCUCGCCGCCGUCAUCAAGGCGCGCAAGCUUGAGCUCGCCGGCAACGGCAAGUGCGACGCGCCGGCGCACGACGACCUGCUGUCUCGGUUCAUGCGCAAGGGCUCCUAUUCGGACGAGUCGCUGCAGCACGUGGCGCUCAACUUCAUCCUCGCCGGCCGCGACACCUCCUCCGUGGCGCUCUCCUGGUUCUUCUGGCUCGUGUCCACGCACCCGGACGUGGAGCGCCAGAUCGUACUCGAGCUGUGCGCCGCGCUCGCCGCGUCCCGCGGCUCCCACGACCCGGCAUUGUGGCUGGCGUCGCCACUCACGUUCGAGGAGCUGGACCGCCUGGUCUACCUCAAGGCGGCGCUCUCGGAGACCCUGCGCCUGUACCCGUCCGUUCCCGAGGACUCCAAGCACGUCGUGGCCGACGACUACCUCCCCGACGGCACGUUCGUCCCGGCGGGGUCGUCGGUGACCUACUCCAUCUACUCGGCCGGGCGCAUGAAGACGGUGUGGGGGGAGGACUGCCUCGAGUUCCGCCCCGAGCGGUGGUUGUCCGCCGACGGCACCCGGUUCGAGCCGCACGACUCGUACCGGUUCGUGGCGUUCAACGCCGGGCCGAGGAUCUGCCUCGGUAAGGACCUCGCGUACCUGCAGAUGAAGAACAUCGCCGGCAGCGUGCUCCUGCGCCACCGCCUGGCCGUCGCGCGGGGCCACCGCGUGGAGCAGAAGAUGUCACUGACGCUGUUCAUGAAGCACGGGCUCCGGAUGGAGGUGCACCCGCGCGACCUGGCCCCGGUCAUCGAUGAGCUCCGUGGCGCGGGCGCGGCAAGGCCGGCCAUGGCGCCAUGCUGCGCGUAGAAGAUCCCCCCUCCGUGCUGCGGGGGAGACGCUGGGAAUUCAAUGUGUAGAUAAGCGUACAAGUACAAGACAGGAGUAAAGUAAAAAUUAAAUGGGUUUGGUGAGACCAUUCAAGUCCCUUUUAUCCGGAAUUUACCAUUAUUCUGGGAGCAGCGAGAUGAGAAUUUUUUUGCGAUCUAGCUGGAUUUGGAUCUGAGCUUUUACAAAUUAUUACAAGGAGUGGGAGGAAGGAAAAAAACAGAGAGUAAUAAAUAAUUCGUGAGAACGCUGAAGAUUUGAUUUGCUACGAUUCUUUGAAAUUCGUCAUAGUUUUUUCAGGCCUACUAAUAUCCUAUUUUUAGAGGGGGCUGUAAAAUUUACCAAGAAACGUGUAAGUAACCAUGUAUUGUAAGUUUAUUUGCUUCUUUGAUACCAUCACU